CCAAUUGUCAAAGAAAAAAAAAAUUAGGAAAAUGAAGAAGGCACUCUCAUUUGUGGUUUUCAUCAUCUUCUCUACCAUGCUUGCUUCCGCUGAAAAUAAGGCGAAGGUGAAUAUAGCCCAGGUAAGUCUAGGACCAGGUCUAGUUCGUCCUCCACCUCCGUACCGUGGCGUUGGCCAGGCUGGCUUUUGCAACACUCAUUGUGGGGUUCAGUGUUGCAUUCAACGCUGUGCGCAAAAGUAUACUGGUGGAUGUGGACAUUGUGACGAAAUUGGUUGAAAAUGUCAACCAUUUAUUAUUAUUGUAUCAGAGAUUUGUUUGCAAGAGUCUGAUUACAGGUAAUCGUUCAACUGCUUCUCUCUCAUUUUUUUUUCGGUUUUCUUUGAUGG